UCUCAAAAAAGGUGCAUCCACACUGAUACGUGAGUUUUAUAUGAUUGCCUGCUGUUGGCCGCUUGUAUAAAGUCUGAAAACCCCGUUACAUAAGGGUGUUGUCACCAGCGCUUCACCUCACGAGCUCGCACCACACGAACAGAUCGGCUGAUCUUCCAGCAUGGCGAAGCGGGUGGCAGUGAUCGGUGGCGGGUGUAGUGGACUAGCGGCCAUCAAGUGCUGCCUGGAUGAAGGGUUGGAACCCGUGUGUUUCGAGCGCACCGACGAGCUGGGCGGCCUGUGGCACUACACGGAGCAGGUGAAGGACGGCCAGGCCUGCGUCAUGAGGUCAACGGUCAUCAACACCAGCAAAGAGAUGAUGUGCUACAGCGACUACCCCAUCCCCAAGGAGUACCCUAACUUCAUGCACAACACCUACGUGUGGCAGUACUUCCAAGACUACGCCAAACACUUCGGCCUGACUGACUACAUUCGCUACAACAUGGAGGUGGUGAGCGUCAAGCGAGCCCCUGACUUCCUGGAGUCUGGACGCUGGCUCAUAGACACGCGAGAUCACAAGACCGGCGACACGAGCCGCGAGACGUUUGACGCUGUGAUGGUGUGCACGGGCCACCACGCGGACAAGAACGUGCCGCACUUCGCCGGCCUGAGCGACUUCCAGGGCAAGGUACAGCACUCCCACGACUACCGCACUGCCCAGGGGCUGGAGGACAAGCGGGUUGUGGUGGUGGGCUUGGGCAACUCCGGCGUGGACCUGGCUGUGGAGCUCAGCAAAGUGUCCAAGCAAGUGUACUUGAGUACACGACGGGGUGGAUGGAUAUUCAACAGGGUCGACGAAGGAAGUGGUCUGCCAUUUGAUCUCACAUUCAGCGGCCGAUUAUUUUCUACAAUACAAAGCUUUCUUCCGUUUUGGCUGGUGCAGCAAAUCGUUAUGGCAAAACUCAACAGGAAAUUUGACCACUACCUGUAUCGUCUGGCACCGGAAGAUCCUCCUCUUUCACAGCACCCUGUCGUUAACGAUGACCUGCCGAAUGCCAUCAUCACCGGGCGAGUGAAAGUGAUGGCUGACAUCAAGAAAUUCACUUCACAUGGAGUGGAGUUUGUGGACGGGAGUGCCGAGGACAACAUAGACGCAGUUCUGCUGGCCACGGGUUACAUCUUCGGUUUCCCGUUCGUGGAGAAGGAGGUAAUCGAUGUCCAGCAGAACCGCCUGCCGCUCUUCAAGUUCUGCUUCCCACCCGACCUGCAGCACAACACCAUCGCCUUCAUUGGCUGCUUCCAGCCUCUGGGCGCCAUCAUGCCAGCCGCCGAACUGCAGUGUCGACUGGCGGCCAGAGUCUUUAAGGGCGAAGCCAAGUUGCCGUCGCGGUCCGAGAUGUGGGAGGACAUCAGGAAGAAGGAGGCGGCGAUGGCACAACGCUACGUGCACACUCAGCGCCACACCAUCCAGGUGGACUGGGUGCCCUUCAUGGACGAGCUGGCAAAUCUCAUCGGCUGCAAGCCGCAGAUUGGUUCUUUGUUCCUGUCUGACCCCAAACUAGCCUGGACCGUGUUGAUGGGGCCCGUGACCCCCUACACAUAUCGUCUGCACGGUCCGGGGUCGUGGGCCGGAGCCCGGGAGGCUGUCCUCACCACCAUGGACAGGGUUCGAUUCCCGUUCAGCACUAAGCCCGUCCCUCGCCGCUUUGACGCCAACCUGAGACUGCUCGCUCACCUGUUAGCCAUCGCUGUGGUUAUCAUCCUCAUGCUUUUUAUUUUUCUCUAAAAGCACAUGAUAGAAAAUUCUGAUACAGGGCAAUAUUAUAUGAGAUUAUGGCUUGUACAACACAGGAGAAAACCAACACUAUCAAAUCCACGGACAGCUGCACGCUAUGUUUAACAGUUAAACUACUCCAUGUACACAGGAUAUAUUAUGACUUGAGACUGCUUGCGCACCUGUUAGCCAUUGCUGUGGUUAUCAUCCUAAUACUUUUUUAUUUUUCUCUAAAAGCAGCUUAAAAAUGAAGUACUGUGCAGUGCUUGUGUUUUAUUGGAUUUACAUUUUUACUAUUUUGAAUGCCUUAGUGUAGAUGCAAGCUGGCCAGCAAUCGUCCGCUUUCUAGACACAUGUAAAAAUAAUAUGAAGUAUUUCAAAAUGUGAUUAAGUCAGAUAUCACCCUCAGUCCUUUGACUGGUUCAGAAAAUGUAGCUGUGCAGGGUGGAAUACAGCAUUCAGUUGUGUAUAAAGUAGUGCAUGGGAUUAGGAUUAGGCACACUGCAAGUAUGUGACUAGUGAGGGUGGGCAUCACAGAAAUAUGUUCUUUGUGCAAUGUCACUUUGAAAAAUAUAUGUUAUUAUAUAAUAAUAUAAAAAUAUUAAUGAGCUAAUGCUGUGUUUUUAGAUUUGUUACACACGAACUUUAUGUUACACACGAACUUUUUUUCUCUCUGAGAAACGAUAUUUAUACUCAUCGAUAUUUAAAAACUUUUUGCUUAAAAGCAUCUUUAUUAUAGUCCCACCCCCUGUUAUAAAGAAAACGGCGACUUUAAAGUCAAAUAAUAAAAAUAA